AAGAAAGUUGCUCGAGGACGGGGGAGGACUGGCGUCCUCUCAGCCUCCACCUUCAUAAUCAUCACCAUAAUGAUCACUUUUCAUUUCCGAGCUCCUCCGGCCAUGAGCGAACUGGCACCUCCGACCGGCGAGCAGCCUCCGCCGUCGUCGUCUCCGUCGCCGCCGGCCGCGGUCCAGCAGCGGGGGCCGCGGAUGCCCAAGUGCUCCCGCUGCCGCAACCACGGCUACGUGUCGCACCUGAAGGGCCACAAGCGCUUCUGCAAGUGGAAGGACUGCCAGUGUGAUAAGUGUAAGCUCAUAGCCGAGAGGCAGAGGGUCAUGGCGGCUCAGGUUGCCUUGAGGAGGCAGCAAGCUCAGGAAGAGGAGCUGGGCCUUUGCAGCCCGGUGAACCUGCCACCCCCGGCGUCCAUGGUGAAGACGGAAGACGAUGUCCACUGCCUGUUCACAGCCGAAGGACACCCCCUCGCCCCAGCUGAAGCUUCUUCUUCUUCUCUGAUUUCUACCGCGGGUGCAGGAAGUCGCUCCAGCCCAGUGGCCAGUAGCAGGCCUCUCAAUGACGUUCAGUCGGAGCUGCAGUUGGAAACCUCCUACCACAACCUCUACCAGCCCCCCUGCUACUCGGCCUACUACAACAAUCUGUACAACCACCAGCAAUACCAGGUGCCUCACGCCGACAGCGGCCGCCUGUCGGGCCACAGCGUGUCUCCGCAGUACCGCAUGCACACCUACUACCCAGCGGCGGCCGCUUACCUCCCCCAGGGCCUCGGCUCCUCCUCCUUCUUCACCCUGGAGGACACCAGCUGCUCCGAGGCGAUGGCCGCCUCCAUGUCCGCCAGCAGCAUCGGCGCCAUCCAGGACUCCAUGGCCUUCAACUCCGUCGCGGACAUCAAGUCGGAGCUGGAUGCCGAAGACGACAAGUCCGACCGACUUGUCAUCGAUGAAGACGUGGGCAAAUGAACACCGAAGUUCACUUUUUGCUCGACAAGCAACGCCUUAAAUAAAUACAUUUUGCAGUUGAGUUAGUUAGCGGCUCCAUUAAUCAUUCAAAACAACAUUAGGAGGCAUGACUUCACUUUUCACUUCUUCAAUUCAGCAAUAAUUGCAUUUUCUUUUUUUUUUUUUACUAUAAGAAAUGAUAAUUUUUUUUGUACUUCUCAUGUUGGUGCAUUUUGUUUUCAUGGUGUGUUUUCUUCUCAAGUUGUUAUCUUCAGGUUUUCAUGUUUUCUUUGCAUUUGUUGUUUUCUUCUUGCGUUUGUUGUUUUCUUCUCAUGUUUUGUUUCAGUCUCAUGUUGUUUCCUUCACACAUUUGUUGUUUUAUUCUUUUCUUGUUGUGUUUUCUUAUAUUUGGAUGUAUUUUUCUCAUUGUAUUUUUCCUUCUCAUUAUUUGUUCGUCCCAUUCUUUUGCGUCUCAUGUUUGGUUGUUGUGUUUUGUUCUCACUGUGGCGUCCUGGGGGCAUCCUAACUAGAUGCCCUAGCCACCUCAUCUAGCUCCUCUCAAUGCGGAGGAGCAGCCGCUUGACUCUGUGCCCCUCACGGAUGGCUGAGCUUCUCACCCUAUCUCUAGGUGAGAGCGGACACCCUGUGAAGGAAACUAAUUUCGGCUGCUUGUAUCAGCGAGCUUGCUCUUCCGGUCACGACCCACAGCUGGUGACCAUAGGCGAGGGUAGGAACGUAGUGCGACUGGUAACUCGAGAGAUAUUCCUUUCAGUUCAGCUCCUUCUUCACCCCAAUAGACUGAUGCAGACGCUGCACCGAUCUCCCUGUCGGUCUCCCGCGCCAGUCUUCUCUCACUUGUGAACAAGUCGGGAGACCAAUACAGAGUCUGCGUUACUGGAGACGCUGCACCAAUCUGCCUGUCAAUCUCUUCUUCUUUCACUUGUGAAUAAGAUCCCAAGAUUCUUGAACUCCUCCACUUGGGGCAGGAUCUCCUCUUCGACCCAGAGGGGGCACUCCAUCCUUUUCCUACUGAAGACCGUGGCCUCAGAUUUGGAGGUGCUGAGCCGCCUCACACUCGGCUGCGAACCGCCCCAGCGUGAGUUGAAGAUCACGGCUCGAUGAAGCCAUCAGAACCACAUCCUCUGCAAAACGCAGAGAUGCAAUACUGAUGUCACCAAAACGGACCCACUCAACGCCUUGGCUGUGCUGUGCCCAGAAAUUCUGUCCACGAAGUGUAUGAACAGAAUGGAUUGACAAAGGUUUAGCCUUUGUCCAACCGUCACUGGAAAGGUAUUCAACUCAAUGCGGACCAAACUCUUACACCGGUCAUACAGGGACUGAACAGCCCUUAUCGGGGGUACGGUACCCCAUACUCCCGGAGCAGCCCCCACAGGACUCCCCGUGGGGCACGGUCAAAUGCCUUUUCUCUCAGCUGGCCUAGGAACGCCUCGGGAUUCCCCCAGAAGAGCUGGACGAAGUGGCUGGGGAGAGGGACGUCUGGGCUUCCCUGCUUAAACUGCUGCCCCACGACCUAACCUCAGAAGAUGUGAGAAUGAAUGUUUUC